ACCUGACGGAGGAAGACCACAGCGAACGGGACUUUGGCACUCUGCCUGGUGCCGUGAUCACGAGAGCAAGGAGAAAUGCCAUCGUUAUAGGCGACUCCAUAGUGAGGGGAACAGACAAGAGAUUCUGCGAGCUGGACAAGAAUACCUGAAUGGUGUGUUGCCUCCCUGGUGCCAGGAUACAGGAUGUCUCAGAUCGGGUCCAGCGUAUUCUGAGGAGAGAGGGCGAGCAGCCAGAAUUCUUGGUACAUGUUGGUACCAAUGACACAGAUAGAAAAAGAGAGGAGGUCCUGAAGGAAGAAAGUUGUAAAGCCGGACCUCCCGAGUAAUAAUCUCAGGAUUACUGCCUGAGCCACGCGCUAAUGAAGGUUACAAAUGGUGUGGGUGUUUAUCAUGAAUCGAAUGAGCUCACAAAGCAGUUUCCCCCAGAGGCGACGGAUGGUCCUCGGAAUAAUCAUUUUGUUGAUUGUUGACGUCAUCUGGGUUGCAUCAUCUGAACUUACUUCGUAUAUAUUUAAAAAGUAUGAGAAACCCUUUUUUAGUACAUUUGCCAAAACAUCCAUGUUUGUUCUUUACUUAAUUGGAUUCCUUGUGUGGAAGCCAUGGCGGGAGCAAUGUACCAAUGGAAGGCAUGUUGCGUUGUUUGCAGAUGCUGAAAGUUAUCUUGCAACUUGUACUACAGACACUAGUGUAAAUAAUUCUUUGAGUGAACCUCUGUACAUCCCAGUGAAGUUUCAUGACUCUGCCAAUGAUAAAGCUAAUAAUGACAACAUUCCAGCUGUGAAAAAGACACGUGUUCGAUUCAGUAAUAUUAUGGAGGUGCGGCAGCUUCCAGCUCAUCACGCAUUUGAAGCAAAGCUGUCUAGGAUGUCCUAUCCAGCAGCAAAGGAUCAUGAAGCGGCACUAAAAUCUGCUGGCAAACUGACAAUAUCACAAGUAGCAAAAAUCAGCUUUUUCUUCUGCUUUGUGUGGUUUCUGGCAAACUUUUCCUACCAGGAGGCAUUGUCUUAUACCCAGGUGGCAAUUGUUAAUAUUUUGUCCUCUACUUCUGGCUUUUUCACUCUUCUUCUGGCUGCUAUGUUCCCUAGCAACAGUGGAGACAGAUUUACAUUAUCCAAAUUAUUAGCAGUAAUUUUAAGCAUUGGUGGUGUUACACUUGUAAGUCUGUCAAGUAAUGAGACAGGGGGAAAAGGCACCGUAGGUUCAUUGUGGUCAUUAACAGGAGCAGUGCUAUAUGCCGUCUAUAUUGUCAUGAUUAAAAGAAAAGUUGAUCGAGAAGACAAACUCGACAUUCCAAUGUUUUUUGGGUUUGUUGGACUAUUUAAUCUCCUGCUACUGUGGCCUGGGUUUUUCCUUCUUCAUUAUACAGGAUUUGAGGUUUUUGAAUUUCCAACCAGAACUGUAUGGAUGUACAUCCUUAUUAAUGGUCUUAUAGGAACAGUUUUGUCCGAAUUUCUCUGGUUGUGGGGCUGCUUUCUCACAUCAUCGCUAAUUGGUACACUUGCACUAAGCCUCACAAUACCACUUUCCAUGAUAGCAGACAUCUAUAUGAGAAAGAUGGAAUUUUCUUGGUUAUUAUUCGCAGGAUCCAUUCCAGUGUUUCUCUCUUUUUUCAUUGCAACACUUUUAUGCCAUUAUAAUAACUGGGAUCCAGUAAUGGUUGGCCUUAGGCGGAUAUUUGCAUUUAUAUGCAGGAAACAUUGGAUGCAGAGAACUCCAGAAGAUAAUGAACAGUGUGAGAGUUUGAUUCCUAUGCAUGGUGUUUCUCAAGAGGAAGGAACUAAUUGUUGUUCCUGAGUUGAAGAUAAAUUGACAGAGUGCUUUUGUGCUCAAUCUUCUGAAGUUCUGAUGAAUCUGAUUUCUGUUGGUGCCUGCUCAAGUGUCUCAGCCACAAAGUUUCAAAUCAUUGAAGGCUCUACAUUCAUUUAAAUGCAUCAUAUGUUGGAAACAUCUGAAUUUUUUUAAAUGCAGAAUUGGUUUCUUAUCACUAAAGAACAUUGUGGGAAAACUCACCUAUCAAUACAAUCUGCCUUACUGAAUGUAUCAAGUCUUCAGACGCAACUUGACAAUUGAACUCAAUUUUGUGAAUCCAAGGAUAAACUUGCUUCUGAACAAUAACUCUGUUUCUUGCUUCUUUGGACAUUUUUCUAUGUCAGGACUUCAGAACUGUCACUAAAGUAGAGCAUAUUCAAUAUGUGACGCUGACACUAGAAGCAAAGGGAAAAUCAUUUUGAAAGGUAUUCACACCCAUUUUGGUAUUGUGUAUGCAUUUAACCUAAAAAGGAAUAAAAUCGAUGAGUAUUCAAAGAAAAUUCAACAAAAAAAGACAUCAAAUGCAGUUCAAAGAACAGUAUUGCUGAGAUAGUUUGAAGUAUCUGAUUAAACAGUGGAUACACUACAUAGGCUGUUGCCUUUUAAAGACUGGUUCAGCUUUCUGUACUUCUAGUACUCUGAAGUUUCAAACUGAAUAUAUCUCUGAUCACUGUUAAAAGUAUCUGUUAAGUUGACUUGGAAUAAAUAAGACUUUUUCCAUGGUGUUUAAUUCCAGAACCAGUAUUUUGUUAUUUCAUAAAGAUUGCAGCUGCACCCUCCUUGAAUUAGUCAUUGACAUUUCCAUAUCUUUUUAUCAUGGUGCUUCAAUGCUUACCUACACCUGUAUUCUGUGAUUCUCAGGAAAUUAUUGCAGACAAUUCUGCAGUUCCAUUUCUCUACCAAAAUCAAGGACAUUUAUUGAUGUACAGGGUGGCUGUUUUAAAAGAAUUAUCUGCAGUCCUGUUAUUUCUGGUUGAAGUGUUGUACUUAAAUGCUAGAAAGUCUAUUUUGCGGGUUUAUAAAACCUGCACUAAUAAAGCAAUCAGUUAAAUGUGCAUAAUUUUAAUAAUUUUGUGUAGAAAAUUGUAGAAAUAUUGUUUUACUUGAUUAAAUACUACUUUGCAAAUUCAAGUUUCAAUAUUAUGACUUCAACAAAUCAGAAUUAAAGUACAAAUUGAAAUGAUUCCUGGUUGUCAUCCAGCAGAAAAUAUCAUGUAUAAUUCUGCUAGCACACUAUUUAGGAAAAAAUAGUUUAUAGUACUAGUUUCUUGUAAAUUUUGGUGUAUUCUGAAUGUGAAAUGUUUUCAAU